GGUUUUGUUUACAAGGGAAACACUGGAUACACUUAUGCCUGUGUGUGGUGGUAGGUUUGAGCUCUGGAGGACGCUGCCGUUCUGGGCUGGAAUCUGAAGUCAUUGGGAUGACUGUCCUCUGUAACACUCUUCUCUUCUUUUGCAGACCAUUGCUGCUGCAGUACAUGAUUACUGCAGUCAGUGUUUCUUUUUGCCCAAUCCCCAAAAGGAAACCAGGCAGCGGCAUGGAAGGAAAGAAUCAAACAGUUCUGUCUGAAUUCAUCAUUUUGGGAUUCUCUGAUCUAACUGAUUUACAAUUUUUACUUUUCACCAUCUUCUUUCUGACCUAUAUCUGUACUUUGGGAGGAAAUAUCUUCAUUAUCCUGGUGACUGUGGCUGAUCCACAUCUACACACCCCCAUGUAUCAUUUUCUGAGGAAUUUGGCCUUUCUUGACAUCUGCUACACCACCACCAACGUCCCCCAGAUGAUGGUGCAUCUCCUGUCAGCGAAGAAGAGCAUUUCCUAUUUGGGUUGCAUGGCACAGCUUUUUGCAUUUAUUUUCUUCGUGGGAUCAGAGUGUCUCCUCCUGGCAGCCAUGGCAUAUGACCGUUACGUUGCAAUCUGCAAACCUCUACGGUACUCAGUGAUUAUGAACAGGGCCCAGUAUGGCCGCUUAGCCGCCUCGUGUUGGACUGGGGGUUUCCUCAACUCAGUGGUGCACACAGCACUGACCUUCCACCUGCCCUUCUGUGGCAACAACCAGAUUCAGUAUUUCUUCUGUGACAUCCCCCCUUUGCUGCUGUUGUCUUGUGGGGACACUUCUGUCAAUGAGUUGGCAUUGCUGUCCAUUGGGGUCUUCAUUGGGUGGGCGCCUUUCUUGGGUAUUGUCCUCUCCUACCUCUAUAUUAUCUCUACCAUCUUGAGGAUCCGCUCCUCAGAGGGGAGGCAAAAGGCAUUUGCCACCUGUGCCUCGCACCUGGUCAUUGUCCUUCUGUACUACGGCAGCGCCAUCUUCACAUACGUGCGGCCCAUCUCAACAUACUCGCUGGAGAAAGACAGACUAAUCUCUGUGUUAUACAGUGUCAUUACCCCCAUGCUAAACCCUGUAAUUUACACACUGAGGAAUAAGGACAUCAAAGGGGCCGUGAAGGUGUUGGGGAGAAGGUGGAAGCCACCAAUCCCUUCUUUUGAGAUGUAACUUUCACUCACCUGUAACCAAUAUUCUUGUAUCAGAUAAUUAGCUUUUCCCAGCAGCUGUCUGUACUGAAACUCAACCUACAAGUUCACUGCAGCCUGGGCACAGAGAGUGACCAGCUGGCACACUGAAGCCUUAGUGACCGUAUUCUUGAGCUUCAGCUAGUCCUGUGGGAGAGACAUGGAUGUUGCUCUUUUUAGAUCUUUUCUUCUUCGCGAGACUGUCCAUCCCCAAAUCCUUCAUCCUAAAGACGAUGCCACUCUUUCACGCAAUAUGUGCUUGGUGGACAUCACGUCCUGGUACUUCCUUCCUUUUUGCACGACCUCUUACAUGUUGAGGAAUGUGAAACGCUUUCUCCUAAUGCUCCUUAUGUGUUCGUUAUAUUUCUCUUCCUAUUACUUAAGUCAUGCUUUUGGCUCUUCUUUCUGUAUUAAGUUCUUCUUAAGAAAGCGUUGUAACCAGGGCACUGAGUUCACAUUACAGCGGUUUUGACAGUGCUGUGUGAGCCACCAGCUGCAUGGGUCCGUGACCAUUCAUAUUCAUGCUGGAAAGAAGGUAGUCAUAGUUUCUCAAUUCCAGUUUAUAUUCCUUACUCUGUCCCAGAAGUGGGAUAUGCUAAAGGAAUUUUUCUAGAAAUA